AUGGAUACCGAUUCAGCGUAUAUUGCUUUCAGCUGUGAGAAUCCUUUCAAGGAUUGCAUCAAGCCUGAUCUACGCGACCAUUUCAAGCCGUACAAGUAUGACUGGUUCCCGCGCGACUAUAACUCUGAGGUAGCUAAGUUUGAUCGUCGUACCCCUGGUUUGUUCAAGGAUGAAUGGACAGGUGAUGCCAUGGUCUCUCUAUCGUCCAAGAACUAUAUUUGCUAUCUGCCAGAUGAGUCCUACAAGGUCAAGGUUUCAGCCAAGGGUGUGCAGCAGGGGCGAGGUCGUAAUGAGGAUGUACUCAAUCCAAAUGGUUUCGAGACUGUUGUACGGGAUCGAAUCACACUCCAAGGUACGAACAAAGGAUUCAGACUAUCGAAGGAAUCUAAGUCAAUCAUCACAUAUACUCAAACGAAAACAGCUCUCAACUACUAUUACGACAAGCGACAAGUUCUCUCAGACGGUAUUUCGACUAUCCCUCUACAAAUUUAA